GAAAAAACAUAACUCAGCUGUCACAUUAUCACACACAAAAUGGAGAUUACAACGCUCUGCCUGAUGCUUGCCACUCUGAGAGUCAACCCCAACAAAUCUCAGUUCUUUCAGUAUGAGGGCUUCACCAUGGAAUGUGAGACGCCGGCUAACUCUAGUGUCUGGAUGGUGAAAAGAAACACCUCCUUCAUCACGUCUGAGCCGUGUCAGCCCGGCUGGGGGACACUGAACAAGGAUUUCUCCUGCUUCUCUCGUUAUCCCAAUGAACGAGACAGCGGAGCGUACUGGUGUGAGUCUACGGAUGGGAAAUGCAGCAACAUCAUCAACAUCAUAGUUACAGAUAAAGUUGUGAUCCUGGAAAUCCCGGGAUUUCCUGUGCCAGAGGGAGACAAAGUGACACUUCGCUGCUCCUACAAGGAAGAAAAUGAGGAUGAUUCUACAUCAAACUUUACAGCAAGUUUCUUCAAAGAUGGAGCUUUUAUCGGUAAAGAGCCAGGAGGACAGAUGGUCCUCCCAGCAGUGUCCACGUCUGAUGAAGGUUUCUACAAGUGUGAACACCCAACAAAAGGAGGGUCGCCGCAGAGCUGGCUGGCAGUGAGAGAUCGGCCUGCUCCUACCUCACCUCCCCCCACAACUCCUCAUCCUCCUAUCAUGUCUGUGCCCAAGCUGGUGUGCUCCAUCCUGCUCUUCAUCCUCUACACAAUCAUACUCUGUGUCUGUAUUUACACGUUCCGCAUGAAGGCUCGAGCUCGAGCUGAUGGUAGGAAGAGAGCGAAUCAUUGUUUUGGACUGAACUAAAGAGGAAGAGCAAGAAACAGGAAACAACUUUAUUCAGCAUUUUUACUAUCAUGAAGUUUUCUGACUUUAUAUCCAUUUAUUUGUCCAUGAUUUUUGAGAGUUUUUCUUUUUUUUUUUUCAUCAGAAAUUACUUCACAGAGAUCCUUGCUUUGGACCUCAUAUAAUCACACUUAUCACAUUAUUAUAACUUUGUUUUCCACUUAUGAUAUUAAAAUCAAACUAUGCAUUAAAUAAAAUGACUUUUUUACAUAUAAAAACAGUUUUGCAGUAAUGGCAUUUAAAGAAUUUGUUAACUAUUGUCAUUUUAGUACUGAUAUAUUUGCAGUUCCAAAGGAAUUGUCAGUUAUUUAUAUGGUAUUUUCUCUUUUGGAGUUUUUUAUGAAUGAAAAAUAACUUGAAAUGUAAGAGCAGCUUGUUACUUGGGAAACAUUCACAUAUAUUUCAAUGUCAACGUUUAAAACAUAUAAUUGUCUUAUGCCACCUAGUGGUCAUGUGGUCUUGAACAUAGUCAGUGUGCUAUAAACCACGCCCUCUGACACUGGGAUUGGACUUGGUGAUGUGAGGCAUGCAGCGGCUCGGCCACGGCCACUAACUGGACGAAACACCGACAAAGGAGGGUUCCCACUUCACAACCCUGGUGAAGUGCUGGUUUCUUGCUACACAUUGGUCUGCAUAAAUAGUGAUGGAUAAGAGCAGUUAUCAUCAACUGGUGGCUGGGUGACCACAUCAGGCCCACCACAGCUUCCCUUCCAGCCCACAGAAGAUUAUCACAAUCCGAAAGUAUGUUGUGGUAUUCAGGGUAUGUUGUUUGAUUAUAUCUCCAUGGACUCUAAAUCAUCGGCUCAAUGUUUGAUCCAUUUUACAGAAAUAUUCAUCAGACCGUUCUUGAUUAAAGCUGACAUUUUGCACAUCUACUUUGCACUUCAGGCAUGUUGAGAGUUUAAUUUUUCCUGCCAGAGAGUCACAAAAAUAGACCAGUUAUGAGGUUAUUUUCCUGCCAAAACUUUACAAACAAAUAAAGUGUGUUUCACAAA